GAUGCUUCUUCCUUUCUUAGUCGGCGUUGGAAGUCAAUGAGACCUGAUUCCCAAACCAAACAUAAAAAUGGCAUCUUUCUCCCCUCUACUCAUCUUCAACCCCCCUCCUCCACGCCACUCUCUUGCCCCGGCAAUUCGCAGCCCCCAGACUCUUACCCUAGCAUCCACCCCCCACUUACCCAUAAACCCUAGAAUUCCCAGCAUGAUGGCAACCGCUUCAAUCAGAGCUCAAUCCGCUAACCCCACUUCCCCGUGGCUCGUGCAUAGGGCAAUGCAUUCGUUCCAAUCUUCGCCGCCCACUUGGGAAUCGGCUCUGCUCUGCAAUCUUGUGAUCUUCGUCGUGGGUUCUCCGAUUCUGCGCGCCGGCCUCUCUCUCUCCGGCAUUGCAGCCGCCUUCUUGCUCGGCAACCUCUCUUGGCGCGCUUUUGGCCCCUCCGGGUUUCUCCUCGUCGCCACCUACUUUGUCAUUUUAUUUGGGAUCUGCAAGGGCACAGCUGUCACAAAGGUUAAAAUGGCACAAAAGGAGGCUCAAGGGGUUGCUGAGAAGAAGAAGGGAAGGAGAGGACCAGGAAGUGUGAUUGGUUCCAGUGCAGCUGGCUGUGUUUGUGCUUUCCUUUCAAUUUUUGGGGUUGGUGGAAAGGCAUUUUCUCAUCUUUGGGAGCUUGGCUUUGUUGCCAGUUUCUGUACUAAACUCAGCGAUACUGUAUCUAGUGAAAUAGGAAAAGCAUAUGGCAAAACAACGUAUCUAAUCACGACGCUCAAGAUAGUUCCAAGGGGAACAGAAGGAGCUGUGAGCAUUGAAGGAACCAUUGCUGGUCUUUUGGCAUCAAUUCUUCUUUCUUCUGUUGGUUGUCUAAUGGGUGAGAUUAAUGUGCCAGAGGCUGUGAUUUGUGUUGUGGCUUCCCAGAUUGCUAAUCUCGGUGAAAGUUUAAUAGGUGCUGCCCUCCAGGAGAAAGAAGGAUUCCACUGGCUGAACAAUGAUGCUGUUAAUGUCAUCAAUAUUUCCAUGGGUAGUAUUUUGGCAGUCCUAAUGCAGCAAAUUGUACUCCAAAACUGGUAUGCAUAGAGCUCAACAAGAAGAUGGUGCCUAUAUCAUUCUGUAAUGUGACUGUGCUUUAUCGACUCGCCUAUUCCAAGCAUCUCCCUAGGUGAAGGCCAUGGUUCAAGGUCAUCUGUGCGUACAGAAUCUGUGAAUAUUGUGAUUGGAACAGAGAAGGACAACAGCCAAAAUCUCUUUCUGGAAACACAAAUACAAGAUUGUUGCCUUCUGUGCUCGUCAUGUCUAUUAAUUCAAUUGCAUUUAUAUAUGUAGAGAAAGUCCCUGAAUUCUUGUAGCUACAUCAGACUCAGCUGUUGACAUUGUAAUAUCAACACUAAAGUGUAAGGGCAGCUAAUAUUGCUAUUUAUUCUAUUGUUUCUUGUGCAUGUUAGUACGCUAA